GCGGGGAGGAGACAGGCUGCAGCCCAGGCAGUUACACGUUUUCCCCCCAGGAGCCUCCGAGGUCACGGGCUUGGGGAAGGGGACGCGGAGGGGCGAGCAUGGCGGGGCCCGCGCUGUCUCCCGGGCUCAGCAACUGGUUGGUGCUGCUGCUGCUGCUCCUCUCAGGUGAGACGGUGCUGGAGGCCGAAACAAAGGAACUCCGGGAUCCCAAAGGAAGCGCUUGUUCCCGGAUCUGGCAGCACCCACGUUUCGUGGCCAGGAAACGGGGCUCCAUGGUGGAAAUCAGGUGCUACGUGGAGGACCCCGGCAUCGUAAGCUGGCUCCGGAAGCAGGAGGCGGACUUGGAGCCCAAGAUACUUCUGCCCGAAGAGGGCCGCAUCAUCCAGAAUCAGACCACCUCCGAGGCCACUCUCAUCAUCCAGGGUGUCCAGUUUCAGGACAACGGUGUCUAUUACUGCAAGCAGGAGUGCUCCAAGGAGCCCCUGAGGACAGAGCAGGGCUGUGGCACUGAGCUUCGGGUCAUGGGGUUCAGCACCCUGGCACAGCUGAAGCGGCGGAACACGCUGAAGGAUGGCAUCAUCAUGAUCCAGACCCUGCUCAUCAUCCUCUUCAUCAUCGUGCCCAUCUUCCUGCUCCUGGACAAGGACGACAGCAAGCCUGGGAUGGAAGAGGAUCACACCUACGAGGGCCUGGACAUUGACCAGACAGCCACUUACGAGGACAUAGUGACACUGCGGACAGGGGAGGUGAAGUGGUCGGUGGGUGAGCACCCCGGCCAGGAGUGAGGGGCCGGCCAUCCCUGCGCCCCCGGGCCCAGCCUGCUGGACCCUCAUUGACUGCUUCAGAGCCACCUGGCUCCCAGCCCACCCCCCUUUCUCUGGAGCCCCUGUCAGCCUUCAAAGCUGGCCAGCCAGAUCCGCCUGUCCCUCCCGCCCUUGGUCCCCAACUCUCACCGGAGGGACUGGAGUGGAAGGGCCGCAGGGCAGUGAUUUGGAGGAGAGAGUUCUCUGGGGCUAGACUGGACCCAGCCCUCUGGGGGUGCCGUGCGGAGAUCCACUCCCCGUUCAGGAUGGAGAAGGCAGAGACGUGUCUGGAACCUAUAGAUGGACUCAGAGCAGACCGGCUUUCUGCGGAGUCUAGGAAGGGCCAGGGCCCACCCCGAUGUGGCCACGGAGGGGCCACCAAGAGCUUCAUCCCUCUCCUACCCUCGCCCACCCCAGGGGCUCCUGGCCUCAAACCCAUUCUCCCAUGGAAUAAACAGUGUGUCUUGAGAAACCACA